AUGAAAAUUCAGGCAAUUACUGAGAAUCACAUCGGGGAGGCAUCCCCAUUGAUAGAAGGUACCUUCAACCAGAAAAUGUCAUUCCCAUUUGCUAAAGCUUUCCUGACCACUUUUGUUGGUCUUGCUGGUUUGGCUCUUCUUCCAUCAUACAAAGUUCACAAUGAAUCAAAGCGUAACUUUUAUGAGGACGAUGAUAAUGUGACCCCAAUUCCUGGAACUAUUGUACCGGCUUCUGCCAGUGAGAUCGAAUCCUUAGGUCCUAACAAACUUGUCGAUGGGAUUUCUGUGCGUUCGCCAGACUACUUGGAAGGGUUCUUCAACAAGGCCAGAAAAUCCACCGUUGAUGUUUUGAAGUCGGCGGAAUCUGGGGCCGAAGGGGUGACCAAAGACUAUUAUGAUUUGGAACAUCAUGUCACUGGUACGGUGGCCAAAUUGCACGAUAGACGGGAAGAUUUAUUGCCAGGAGGAUUAUACAUUGUCACAGGGAUCUUGACUGGGUCGAUCAUUGCCCGUCGCCGGGGUCCAGUGGCUCGUGUGUUGUUACCAGCGGUGGUUGGGUUGGCGGUGUUCCGUUGGACUUUGCCAAUCACUUUUGCCAACACCACGGGGUUCGUGUAUCAUUUGGAACAACAAAAUGUUCCAGCGGUGGCUAAUGCCCAAGACUCGAUUGUCUCUGGAGUAGAAAGAUCCAUUGAGGCCGUGGAGUCCACUACCUCCUCCACCAUAAAGUCUGUCGAUAGCGCUAUUGAGUGCACUAAAAACUACAUCGCGUCUAUUACUGGGUUGAACAUUGGACAGAAUAAGAAAAACUAG